CGCCAUCGCUGCCGUCUACACGCUUGUAGGGUGGGGAAAGUAGCGACAAAAUGGCAACUCCAGGACAGAAGGAGAGAGAGGCAGAGCUUCACUCAGUCCUCAGAGCUGCAAACCUGUUAGACUACUACCCUAGCUUCCUCGAACAAGGAGGAGACGAUGUACAACAGUUCUGCGAUGCGAGCGAAGAUGAGUUUAAAGAAAUCGUCGCGUUGGUUGGCAUGUCGACGAAGCCACUUCACACUCGAAGGCUGCAGAAAGCUUUGGUGGAAUGGAAAAGCAAACGAGGCAAUUCUCCGGAGCGAAUCAGUCCCGGAUCUUGGAUGGACAAGUGGACUUCUUCGCCUCAAGUCAAUCGAACUCCUCAGUCAAGCACUUCAUCGCCUGUUACUACUGCAACAACGUCGACAAGUGCUGGAAGAAAGCGGCGAAGCAGCUCGGGUGCCGGCAAAGGCGGUCCAGAGAAACGAGUUGUGGAGCUGAAGCUCCCGCCGAUGGAGGUCAUUAUCGACUGGGAAAAACUCGAUCCUGAACGACAGCAGUUGAUCCGAGAUCAUUCGCGAAUUUACGGUCGAGAUAUCAAGAAGCGCAAGACUAAUACUCUGAACUCACACGAACAAAUGAUCAAUGAAGCCGCAGCACAGCUUUGUCUUCGAGAUCCGACACUUCUAGUUCGACGUGAUGAAUUGUUUACAAUGGCCAGGCGAGUUGUUCGUGACAGUGGUUUCACCUUUGUGCAUGGUCACUCAAGAUCCAAGUUUGUCUCCGAAUCAGACGACGAAAUGGAUGGUUAGUGAUUCACGAUAAUUUAGUCUGCAAAAUGUGCAAAAUCGUUUUUGUCAACAUCUUGAGGUUAGUUACCUUUGAUGUUGGAUGAAAUCUGAUAUGACAAGUGGCUGUUGACAUCCUAUAAGGUUUUCCUUCUUUUUAAUCAUUCAGAAGCAUAUAGUCAUAUGCCUCUGCUUCAUUUUAUCAUCAUAAUUAUUAUUUUACUAUUACUAUCACUAUUGUUAUGAUCAGAAUAUACCACACAGGUGUGCUUUUUACUUGCACUGAUUGGCCAGAUUAUUAGUUGAUCAGGAAAUACUAUUUACCGCUGCACAGCCAAAGAGACAAAAUCACACAUGAGCGAUUUAUUUUCGACCAUUUAUGUUAUAUCAACAGGAAUAAACUAAUUUUUUUGGUUUCUGUGUGGUAUAUAUAGGUCAAUUAUUUACCUCAUCCAAUCACCUCAUAGCUUGGCAAAUAGCUAAAUAAUUUUUUAUUGGGGUAUUGUUUAUGUUUGUGUCAAUAAAUGUUAUUUCACUUUCUUGAUAUGUUAUUAACCCUUUCAAUCCUGAGAGUAAUUUAUCUUUACAAUAUCACCCCAGAGACACACAUUAGGUCUCAAGAGUAGAGGGAAACAUCACCCACCAAAGAAGCUCUUGAAUUUGUUUUUAACACUCCUUGUCAGCUUGAUGUUGUAUUGAUAUUGUGCUGAGAAAUUUUGUCUUUCUGAUUACUCGUGGGCUUGAAGGGUCAAAGUACCAUUUUGGUUAUUGUGUUCGCUUAGGAUAAAAUGUCCUCUCCUCCCCCAUCCUCCCCCCUCUUCCCAAUAGCUGAAACAGGGUACCUACAGAUGUUUGGUUUUUGAGGUGUGUUUCCUGUAUCAGUUUGUUUCAAUAAUACUGGUGAAUUUUCAUUGAUACUCAUAACAUUUAGGGAUGUAAUUUGUUUUUUUCAGGCCACCAAUUUACAUUUGUAUUGGUCUUAUUGUUUCCAACAGGUGCAAAAAAGACUCAAGUAUCUCAGGCAAACAAACUCAAAAGAGAGGAGCGAUUGACUGAAAUUGAUGAUCUUAUGCUGAACAACAAAGAAUUACAAGAGCAAAUAGUGCAGAAACUGGAUGAAGCAAGAUCAUUGAAUGCAACUGCAGAGGUUAGGUAUUUCUUUUAUUCACUUCUACUUGUAAGGUGUGGUAUGUACACAAGUCUCACUACCGGCUCACCCAGCCAGAGCUUAAACUGGUUUCCUCAUCAUGUAGUGACCAAGAGUUUCAUUCCCCUUCUCCUGCCACUCUGCUAGUCUUUCCUAAGGUUUCUCCCCCCCAGGCAUUUCACCAGACUUCACCAAAAACUUGCUGGUACCGAUUUUUAAUUCUGGGUGGAGAGAAGCAUUGUGGAAGUAAAGUGUUUUGCCCACCUCUCAACCUGGAGUCCAGCACACUAGCCAUCAGGUUACCAUGUCUCCUCUUAGUCACACUUUCAUGUAUAAGCCUACCAUUGCACCAACAACCUUUCAUGGAAUAAAAUACUUGUGUAAUGAUAAUGUGGUCUUGGUAACUUGUGGUUGAUGUAGUUUACAUUUUUGUCAGGAUUCAUCAUCUGUUGUGUAUCUUUUAUCUCAGAUAGAUGAGCUUCAGUCUGACCUCAAUAAGCUGCAGAGCCAACAAAUUUCACUACAGAUGGAACACAAAGAGUUGAAGAAAAAACAGCGACGAUCAGAAAGAUAUUACACAAACAAACAGACCAAGGACUCUGGAUCACAGGGCAACAGUGUUCAGGAAGAGGAUGUGGACAUGGUUGGUGAUGUAACAUUACAGGGUGACCUUUCAGCAGAUGACCCCUCUGAAGAAGGUAUUUGAAGUAAACCAAGAAUAUUGUAUUUCCUCAAAUAAGCACCCAGGUGCUUUUAAGGAGAGGGGCCCCUAAUCUAGGGGGUAUGCUUGUUAAGAGAUUGUUAAAUUGAAGCUCGAAAAUUUAUAACGAGUGAUUGAAGAAUUGUAUUUAUAAUCAUCUGCAAGGAGAAUUAGGUUUAAGAUCUUAAGAUUUUAAGUGUAAGUCUUUGAUUUGUCAGGUCUUCAUCCUGAGAAUACAGAGGAGACACAGGUUACAACGGUUGAACAGUCCAGGACAGUGACAGUACCAGAAGCUGUGGUCACCCAGAUAUUACCACCAGCUACAGGUAGAACUAAUGAGCAGAUUUUUUUGUGAAAUUGCAUUUGUAAUCUUGAAGAAAAUGUGCUCUGAUUGGCCAAGGAUGGUGUCACAUGUACCAUUGUCACCAAUGUAGAGGUCAUUCUAAUGCAUCAAAAAAUGGUCCCAGAUCAAAGUAGACCAAUAAUCUGAGUCACUUUCACAAUCUUGGAAAGCAACAAACAUUGUAGCAUAGGACAUGUAUGUUCUUCUGCCUGCAUACAACUAUCAUGGUACUCAUUGAUUUGUCUUGUGGAAGGUAUCCCAACAACAUCAAGCAGUGCUACAAUCAAUCUUCCUCAGCGUCAAGAAGCACUGAACCCAGAGGAGGAGUCGUCAGUAAGGGCUUUGUACACUGCUUUUAUGCCGCAGCACCUACAGGUAAAAACCCAUGUACAGGUGUGUUGCGAUUGAAAUAAUUUUCUUCUGUUUGAUUAUUUCAAACAGAUCAAAUUUUCUUUUCAAUGUUUCAAAUCAGUUAUCAUAAUUCAACCUUGGAUAAAUUAGUGAGAAAAAUUUUAGGUUCAUUUAAAUAAAAUCUUGAAGCUCAACACUCUAGCUUAUUAAAGUUAGUUUUUGAUUAUUGUUAAAAUUGCUGAUGCUUGGACUACUCCACUCCUUGGACUACAUGGGAAAAUGAAACGAGUUUGAUAUACCAUAAUCAAGGUAGCUGGUAGUUAACGACUGAAAAAAUGGGGUCUAAUCAAGAGAAAUUUGAUUUUGUCUAUGGAGUUCAAGUUAGUCAAGUUAAUGGGGUUUUCUGUCGUCUGAAUCAGUAAAGAAAGCAAAGAGAACAAAGAAUUUACCAGUAGAAUUUUUAUUGUUUUUUUUGCCAUUUUGUAAUUACAUUACAUCAGUAGAAAUAAAAGGAAUUACUGGUAUGUAUAUUUUAAUAUGAUGAAACUGAAAAUUAAACAUGUGGUAAGGGAACCGGAAGAGGAACUAAGAUGUCUAUGUGGGCUACAGGCACCUCGUAUUUUGCAAAGUGAGCUGUAAGUUCUGUGGGAUAAUAAAGGUACAGUAACGUACCAAAAAGAUAAACUUAAUAUGCAGGUACACUGUAUUUAAGGUAUUCCUCCCCAAAUGUUUGUUCAACAGACUGAAGUUGUCCAGCAAGUUCAACAGCAAGGGGAAGGAGGCCACAUAAUACCUGCAUAUCCAUCUGCACUUGUCAGUGCUGCUGUGUCAUCAGAUCCCACGAUCAAUGCUUUACUGAGUCUUGGUGCUAAGGAUAAGGUUCUGCUGCCAGGGAUGUUGCCACCUGGUGUGUCUGUGGCUACAGUUCCAGUGACCACAGGUGUGGCUGUUGCAACAACAAGCAUGACACCUAAUAUCACUGUGGUGAUGCCUGGUCAGCCAAUGACAGGCAAUGUUCCUUGGUCCUAACCUGGCUGUGGCUAACAAGCUCUUCCAGCAAGAAGCUUAAAAUGUAUUUACAGCACUGGCUGUAAAUGUAUCUUAAAAUAGUGACUUGAAAAGUGACUAAAUAACCAGCAUGUGAUUUUGUAAGUAGUGUGCAACAUGUUUCAGUACCCCCUAACAUGGGUGGGAGAAGUCAAACAUUUCUUUUUCUGUGCAGUUGUUUUUAAUCAAGUGUUGGGAGGAUUUGUUGCCUCCAGCCUCCUUGUUAAGACUUAGAAAUCUAAUAUGUCAUUACUUCAGCAGUUUCUCCCUGCCUACUCCUUAAAGGCAGGAGACUAAUCCACAGUAAAGUACCCUUAGUGUUUGCCCAGGUACCUAUGACAGUUACAAUCAGCAGGUUAUAGAACAGAACGGUAUCUGUUCAAUUUAUAUGCACUGUACUCACAGGAAACUGUGCAGCUCUAGAUAAUAGGUUGAUGAUAAGAUGUUGAGUGGUGUAGUUUUUUGUUUGUUUGUUUGUUUUUUUUUACCAGCCGGUUACCUUUGUACAGUUUAGUGUUAGUGGUCAGGUUGGAAAAAUUCUAAAAAAAUUGAUGGUUGACAAAAAGGGGGCCAGUUCCAGGUACAAGUAGUUAGUGAGAUGGUGAUUAGAUAUAGUGUUUUGACAAGAAAACAUAUUCAGAAGUAACUUUGACAAUGUCAUUUGAUUUAUGGCAAAUAAAAGUUGUGAUGGACCUAGUCUUUAAUGUUAUCUAAUUUAAGUAAUUUUAGUAAUUGAUUGUUUAGGUUGAUUUUCUUGGAAAGAGCAGAGAGAGAUAUCCAUGUUCUUCCAUACUUUAUUAUGCAAACAGUUUUUUGAGAAACAAAACAAUGGCAAAAACAAUUGAAUACAUUUGGGACUAAUGCCUUACAAUAAGGUUAUACUUACUAAUGAGGUUAUACGGAAAGUUUUCCGAGAACAGUCCUUUAAAGAGUGGCUGGCAUCUACAUUGUGAUUUCCCCUUACAAUAUCGCUUACCAUAUUGAGGUCACAAGAAAGAAGGAAAACAUCACCAAAUAAAGAAGUUCUUGAUUAUUAAACAAAUUCUCCUUGUAAGAUCUGAGCAAAUGUGUAGAGAACAGUAUGGAGAAAAAGGAUACUGAUGUUAGGGUGUCAAGGGUGAAAGGAUUGUUGUCAGUUGUGAUAGACAUUACGACAACCUCGUGAAUAUAUAUAUUCAGGGUCAGCCAGAGCAUUGUGUCUGUUGAAGUUCAGUCUACUGUUUGUCUGUAGAAGUCUGGGUCACUUUUGUUAUGAAUAUUUUUAAGAGGCAAGGGCCCAUUUCAAUCAACAAUUACUUAAUCGACACUUAAUUUACUAAUCUUUUAAUGUGAAGAAGCUGAAAAUUUCUUAGAAAGCAGAGAAAAAGGCCUUUAUGAGCAAGACAGGAAGAAUAGUUACAAAGAUACGACGAGACAAAAACUUACCAAAGGUUGCGGGAGAUACUCAAACGCACAAACAGAUGCCGGGAGGGGAUUUAGAUUGAAGCAAAAAUAAAUUAAAGCACUCGGCGUGAUACAGGAAAUAUAUAAUAGGGCGGUAUAAUUUAAAUAAAGCGCGAAAGU